CCUGUGCCCAUACUUGGUCAGCGUGUUCAGCGGAUGGGCGAGGUCACCUGGCUGCUGCGUCACGUCUCGAAACUACCCAACGUUACCUGCUGCAGCUCGUUUCCUCCAUUUAGCGCCGAGAAGAGUUCCAAUCAGGGGAGGUUUCGCAGCUGGGACCUUCUUCGCUUUAGCGGAUUACACGUCCAGGGUCUGUUACAUGGAGUCUUUACGGGGUGUGCGGUUGGGAGUUCUCAUCGUUUUACUGCAGGUACUUUAUUCUGGCUUCGCGGAGUCGUCGCCAUGUUCACCUGGCUUUGAUUCCGACCUGUUCGUGUUCACAGUGCACAGGGAGCACCUUCACAGAGGCAGACGGCUCGGCAGAGUCAUUUUUCAUGAUUGCAGCGGAAGAACGAGGUCUGUCUUUGAGUCUGCCGACAAGCGGUUUCAAGUGGACACUGAUGGCACGGUGAAACUGAAGAGACAGGUUACUCUGCAUGAAGGUCAUAGGAUGUUUUCUGUCCAUGCUUGGGACGCCAAGGGCGAGAAACACACUACGUUUGUCAGAGUGGAACAUGAGCCCAAGACUCACCGUCAUGACCACCUGGAAGACACUGAGGCAGUCGGGCCUCCACAGAGUGCACCCCCCUCACUUGUCCCAGUUAAAGAGUUUCCAAAGUCUUCAGGGGGGUUGAGAAGAAGAAAGAGAGAGUGGGUUAUUCCACCAAUCAGAACCCCAGAAAAUGACCGUGGGCCUUUCCCCAAGCACAUAGUGCAGAUCAAGUCCAGUUAUGCUAAGGAAGCUAAGAUGGUGUACAGCAUCAGUGGUGAAGGAGCUGACCUGGAUCCAAAAGGACUUUUCACCAUAAAUAGAAACAAUGGCUCACUGUAUGUUACAAGGCCGCUAGAUAGAGAGGCCAAAGAUAAAUAUGUGCUUCAAGCCCAUGCUAUUGCCGCUGAUGGUGAGGAUAGGGAAGAUCCCAUGGAGAUUAUUGUCGAAGUGAUCGACAUGAAUGACAAUACGCCUGUCUUCACCCAAAAUCCUUUCCUUGGCACUGUUCCAGAAGCUUCAGGAAUAGGGUUUGAGUUCAUGACUGUCACAGCUACUGAUGCAGAUGACCCCAACACUGACAAUGCUGAUAUCAGAUACUCCAUCGUUAGUCAGAAUCCACAAGAGCCAAACGCAGCCAUGUUCACCAUUAAUCCUGUUACCGGAGUAAUCAGAGUGAACGCUGUUGGACUGGACAGAGAGAAAUAUCCUGAAUACACCUUGAAGAUUACUGCUGGAGAUAUGCAGGGUGACGGUCGUGUAGCCACUGGAACAGCUGUUAUUACUGUAAUUGACAGCAACGACAACGCACCCCAGUUUGAAAAGACCUCGUACAACGUGUCCGUCCCAGAGAAUAAAGUAGGAGCUGUUGUGGUGAAGAUGCCAGUGACCGACGGAGAUGAACCUCAGUCACCUGCCUGGACAGCCAAGUUCAGGAUCAUUAAUGGUAACAGCGGAGGAUUUUUCGCUGUUAACACGGGACCGAACAAACAGGAGGGCAUCAUCACUACGGUUAAGCCAUUGGACUUUGAGCAGAACAGCAAGUUCACUCUGUUGGUGGUUGCAGAGAACGACAUUCCGUUUGCCAAGCCUCUGACCACCUCCACUGCCACGGUCACUGUGAACGUUCUGGAUGUGAAUGAAGCUCCAGUUUUUGAUCCAGAGGAGAAAUUCAUUUCUAAACCUGAAGACUUGGCGGUUGGUAGUGAACUGACAGUGUACACCGCCACUGAUCCAGACACAGCUAGGACUCAGAAAGUGACGUAUCGUGUAGGUUCUGAUCCUGCUGGCUGGGUGAGUGUUGAUGGAGAGACUGGACUGGUCAAAGUGAGGAGCCCCAUGGACAGAGAGUCUCCUUUUGUGAAAGAUGGCAUCUACAAAGCUCUGAUUCUUGCCAUGGAUGAUGAUCCAACUCCAGCAACUGGUACAGGAACCCUUGUGAUUGAGUUGAAGGAUGUGAAUGAUAUCGCUCCUUCCAUUGAGGAGAGAGCGAUCACUGUGUGCAAUAAGGAGUCAGCUCCAGUGGUGCUGUCUGUGAUUGAUAAUGAUGGGCCUGGCUUUGCUGCUCCAUACCGAGUGGAACUCCAGGGAGACAGCAAGAACAACUGGACUGCCACGAUGAACGAGACAAAAACUGGAAUUGUACUUAGGCUCAAGCUUCCACUGGAACGCGGAGAGUACAAUGUUGUUAUGAGGGUUUAUGACAACCUGGCCCUCUACCAGGACAAUACCAUCCACGCUUCAGUAUGUGACUGCACAGGAGACGAUGUUCAAUGCACCGAGAAGGCUGUGGCAGGCUUUGGCCUGCCUGGGAUACUUGGAAUACUUGGGGCUAUCAUGGCUCUGCUAGUGCUGCUCCUCCUGCUGCUCCUGUUUGCAAGGAGGAAGAGGUCAGAGAAAAAGGAGCCUCUGCUUGCUGAUGAUGACAUCAGGGACAACGUCUACUACUAUGAUGAAGAAGGCGGUGGAGAGGAUGAUCAGGACUUUGACUUAAGUGUGCUGCACAGGGGCCUCGACAACCGUCCUGAUGUGUUUCGUAAUGACGUGGCUCCAACCUUUAUGCCUGCACCCCAGUACCGGCCUCGCCCCGCCAACCCUGAGGAGAUUGGUACUUUCAUUGAUGAUAAUCUGAAGGCAGCAGACAACGACCCCACGGCUCCCCCCUACGACUCCCUGCUGGUGUUUGACUACGAGGGAGGUGGAUCGGACGCCGGCUCUCUCAGCUCCCUGAACUCCUCCAGCUCUGGGGACCAGGACUACGACUGCCUGGGUCAGUGGGGCCCACGCUUCAAGAAGCUUGCUGACAUGUACGGGGGAGGAGAAGACGACUUACUUUAGAUAAAGUUCUACUUUGGCAUGAAGAGGACGAAUGAAUGGAUAAGUGUAAAUAUGGAACAGUUUUAUAGGUAUUGUCACGUCACCUUGUUUUGGCUUGUCAUGUUGGAUACUGGAACAGCAAUAUAGGCCUUUUUAUUUUCCUUAAAUAAAUGAAUGGCUGGUCUUUAGACAUGAUUUUCAAAGUUCUGCGGUAGAGUUAACAAUCAGAGCAAUCAGUUAAUGCAUUAUGAAAGUUGUGAGGCACCUCUGCUUGUUCUAGCUGUUCUUCUCACAAGCCAGCCUGAAAUUCCUUAUUCUUUUCUGUACUGUGUACUUUAACAUUUAUGUGUAGCCAUUUGUAAAAUGUUCACACAGAUGUUUUGUUUUUUAUAUUAAAUAAAUGCUUGCCAUUUAUCUGUC